AGCUGCCAGAAAAUAGAGCUGCCUGCUCAAACUGCUCCAUCUUCAGCCUGGCAAGGAGAGAGGCAGGAUGCAGCUCAGGUUUUGGCUGGUAACUGGCAUACUGGCGGUAGUCCUGGGCACGACCUUGCCUCAGGAGACCGUGUGUCGGGCACCAGAUGGCAAGAACGGCAUCCCAGGAGCCCCUGGCCUUAAUGGGAGGCCAGGACAGAAAGGUGACACGGGAGAGCCAGGGAAACCAGCACGAAGAACUGGCAUCCGUGGACCCAAAGGGGACGAGGGUGAGCCAGGGCCUCCUGGUAAUCCAGGAAAUCAAGGCUACCAUGGUCCAAGUGGCCCCCCUGGGCUCCCAGGCCAACCAGGGCCAAAGGGAACCAAGGGGAAGGCUGGCAGCAUCAAGGAGCAGCCGCGCCCUGCAUUUUCAGCCUCACGGCAGUUCCCGCCACACAGGGGCAACACUGUGGUGUUUGACAACAUCAUCACCAACCAGGAAGACUCCUACAGCGCCCAAACUGGAGAAUUCACCUGCCGCAUCCCUGGCAUUUACUACUUUGCCUACCAGGUCAUCUCUAGUGGAGACCUCUGUCUGAGCAUCACCAAGAACAAGGAGAGCGUAGUCAGCUUCUGUGAAGACAACAUUCGCAAUAUCCUGCAGGUGAACUCAGGCAGCUGUGUGCUCAGUCUGGCCAUAGGAGAUAAGGUCUCUGUGAUCACCAGCUCACUUCAAAACAUGAUUUACAGUGGCUCUGAGGCAGACAGCGUCUUCAGUGGCUUCAUGCUGUUCCCACAAAUGGGCUGAUGGACCAUAGGCUUCCUGCUGGCCAGCCUAGACCUGACUUGCUUAGUAUCAGAGCAUUGCAGUGUGCAUGUGCAUAGGUUUUUGUGCCCCACAAGUGCAUAGGGUGGCCUUAUGUCAUGGCUGUUGGGGCUAUCCUAGUACAGGAAACAGCCAUGAACUCUGCCAGUGCCCCAAGAUUGUGCUUCCACCAGCGUCACAAAGUGACCAGGCUGUAGGUGACCACCGCAGUGAUGAGACCUUUGCCUCCAGGCUGUGCUGAGACUGCCUUUCUGUUGCAGCUGGGCAGGAAAGUCUGUUCUCUCCCGGAGAAAGAGGACUCUUGGCCCCAGCAGCCUGAUCUGCUCCUGUGUUCUGAGAUCCCACGCCAGAGGGGAUCAGUUGUCACCAGGGCCAUUCACCAGCUGUGGCUUUUUGUUCCAGAAUGGGAAAUCACCACAUGUCACCGCUUUUGCUGCACUAACCGUUGCAAACGCCUCUCUGGCACAAGGCCACUAUUGCCUUUCACAUCCUUCCCAUCAGCACAAAUAAACCCCCUUU